AUAAAACCGGCUAAAGUCUCGCGUGAAAAAGCAAUGCGAGAUCACAGUAUAGGGAGGGCUACAUGGGGAGCUGGAAAGGCAAAACAAAAGCCACACAUUUAAACCAAGAGGCGCUGGUCGCUUUUUAUUUUUUUGUAAACCAAAACAAAUUUGAUUCGUUAUUACCAUCGAUUUCUGUUUAACGGCAAUAUUAUAAAACUUCUGCAUCAUGCCCAGUAGCACGUCUUUGCUGGAGGCCGACGAGGGAGAGUCCGAGGUCCCACCGCCGCUAGUGCACGCUUUCGCCGGUAUGGGCCUUGAAGAGCACCAAGGCACCCAGAGCCAGACCCCCGAACAAGGAGAUGAAUGCCUCUCCUUCCACCACCACCACCACCACCACCACCACCUCCACCAGCUCCCCCCGGUUUCUCACUUCAGCCUCCUUGGUACGGUGCUAGACUUGAAGCCCCUGCCUCUGCAUCGGCCGCCCUCUGGCGAUGAAGUCAACACAACGUUGCCGCUCGAGGACGAAGAGCCGGAGGUUGGAGCUGCCGUCGACUCCUCGGUUUGCACCGGUGGCUCGUUGCUAGCGCAGGCCCACCGCCACCAACACCUCCCGUCGGGGCCUGGUGGCUCCGUGAUGCCGUCCCGCAUGGAGCAGCCGCACGUCGAGACGGUUUUGUUGUACAACGGAGACGAGCAGGAUGAUACCGGGGUCAGCGGCAGCGCCCUACCCCCGGCUAGCAGCAUGGCGAUGCUGCCGUCCGGCGUGUACGCGGAGUCGAGCUACGAGGCCGAACCUUCACUCUUAACUCGGCGAAAGAGCGUAAACACGACCGAGUGUGUGGCCGUGCCGAGCUCCGAGCACGUAGCGGAGAUUGUGGGCAGGCAGGGAUGUAAGAUUAAGGCUCUUCGAGCCAAGACCAACACCUACAUCAAGACACCAGUGAGAGGCGAGCAGCCUGUCUUUGUUGUGACAGGGCGCAAAGAAGAUGUGGCCAUGGCUAAGAGGGAGAUCCUAUCUGCAGCUGAGCACUUCUCCCUCAUCAGAGCCUCUCGAAACAAGACAGGCCCUCUGUCUGCUGUUACCGGUCCAGGGACCCCCAUUCUACCUGGACAGACGACCAUUCAGGUGCGGGUACCGUAUCGUGUUGUUGGGCUGGUUGUGGGUCCCAAAGGGGCAACCAUCAAACGGAUUCAGCAACAGACCCACACCUACAUCGUGACGCCGAGUCGAGACAAAGAGCCUGUGUUUGAGGUCACUGGGAUGCCAGAGAACGUGGAUCGGGCGAGGGAAGAGAUAGAGGCACACAUUGCCCUCCGCACUGGAACGUGUGGGGGUAUCGAGGCUCCAGGUGUCGACAACAAUGACUUUCAAUUCAAUGGGACAGACGUCAGCUUUGAGAGUUCUGCAACACCAGUUGGGUUGGGGGAGGCUGGCUGGCUUCAUGCAGCUGCAUCAUCACCGGGUCGUGGUGGUGGCAUGCUGCCAAUGAGCAUCAACGGUACUCAGCGAAUCAAUAGCAAUAUUAACAGUGGUGUCAGGAUGUCUUCCAACUACUGCAACGACAGCUCCAGUUCCCUGGGCAGUGGCUCCAGCUCAGCUGAUUCUUUCUACGGCAGCGGGAAUGGUAACCGAAUGGCAGAUUUCAACCCAACCUCUCCGUUUAAUGCCAAUGCCAACAACAACAAUAACAGUAAUGCUGGCAGUACAACUUUAUGGUUUGGCGAGAGCCUUCUUCCUGUGGGGUCUGAGGAGCUGGUCAGCCUGGGGGGUGGAGGCUCCUCCUCAGGAUUUGACCCGUUAACCAUCUCCACUGCCCAAGCCUCGCACCCUGCUGCACAGCCACACAUCUGGAGCUCCUUUGUUGACCACCAACCCCACCAGGCCUUCGAUGUUCUUCAGUCUCAGACCAGUCAGCCUGGGACACCCCGGCUCUCUCCAACCUUCUCUGGGACAGAAGCCUUGGAGCACCCUCAGGCCCAGCGUGUUCUCCGAGGGCCUUUUGGCUCGGCUGGCACCCUUGAUGCCCACAGAUUGCCCUCUUACAGCUCGGCCUUCUCCUCUUCCGGCGAAAGCACUGCCUCUUCCUCUUCCCCUCCUGAAUUCUCUCUCUCCUAUCGACCGGGGCUCGGAUCAGCAGCAGGGAGAGGACAGGAGAUAUGUAUCCACUGUAUGGAUAACCAGGUGAUCGCUGCCUUGGUUCCCUGCGGCCAUAACCUCUUCUGUCUAGAUUGUGCAACCCAGAUAUGCCAGGGUCCAGAAGCUGUGUGCCCUGUGUGCCUGUCCCCGGUCACACAGGCCAUUCAGCUCCGCAACAUGUGAUUUCUAAUCCAUUUACCUUGAUGGCUGAUGAGGGAUCAGCGUCCCCGACACUUCCAACUCACAAUAUGUGUGGGGAAAUUACAAAACUGAACCCGAAUCAGUGUCUAGGUGUGCCCUCAACCCGGUUUUGUCCAAGCUGGUGUUGACAAAGGUGAGGAAAAAUAGGUGAAUAAGGAAUGAUCUGUAUUUAGGGCAUGGGUUAGGGUCUUCAGCCCGUUCAUGUGCCUGCUAUUGUGAAGUCUUCUUCCUUGAUUGAUUGAUUGAUUUUUGAUUGAUCAAUGGGAGGGUCUGAAGCCCUCUAUGUAGCAUCGGGUGGGGUGGGAUAUAUAUAUUUUCUCAUCAUGACUUUUGAUUUAAAUUUUCUUCUCCCUGAAACUUCUAGUUAUCAGUUUCUGUCUACCUAUAUUUUAUUAUUAUUUUUUUAAAUGUUCUUUGAACUCUAUUAGAACUCUAUUAGAUGCAUAAUGUUGGCUUUUUGGUCAGAGUUUUUCUCGUCUACAUCUCAAAAGUUUUUUAAAACUUUUGCUGCUACAGUUGUUUUUAUGUGCUGAAAUAUGGCCCAGCCCCUUUGCCUCUCAAUUAUUGUGCUCAUGGUAGGAAACUGAGGAAAAAAGAAGAGGUGAGCAUGUUUACAUAUAGUGAGUCCCACAUAUUGAUAUGUAUAGAUUAACAGAGUGCUCCUUGUUACCACAGCAUUUGAAUUCCUACCACAGUAUACUGGAUAUGUACACAUGCUACAUUAUCCUGGCAAAUGCCACUGUCCCCGAUACUUUGCAUAAUUAUUAUCAGGCUAGUAAAGUGUAUCUGUACUACUUCAAACAGGAUGAUGUUUACAAGCUCAAGAUCAUAAAUCAGAAUUUUUGAUUAUCGCUGAUAUUAGCAGCAUAUUGAUACACAUACAAACACACCCAGAGAGGGUUUUUAAAUCGAGUGGGUCAAACCCACACCUGCAAAGUUGUCACUCCUCAGUGGCAACCUUCUGUUGCCACUAGUUUUUUUUUUUUGUUUUUUUUUUCUUCCCCCAGACUGGAACCAACAGGUGGGUAACUCCUUUUUGUAGAGUACCAGGAUGUUGCACCCACUUCAGUAUUGCCACGUUGCUUUCAAUUUCUAUUUAAAAAAAGAGAAAAAAAAAAAAAAAAAAAAAAAAGGAAAAACAAACUGUUUACGGUAAACUUGUGCCUAAUUCUGUUCUGAGUAAACAAAAAGAAACAACUGGUUCAGCGGACACACAGUGUUGCUCUGUCUUAAAACAAACUUGUGGCCUUUUUGGAAAGCCUCUAAUUAACCGACAACACUAUCUACAAAUCCAGAUCUUGGCUUGAAACAACACAAGCUGAAAGACUAAAGUCUUAAUGUAUUUGUUUAGGUUCAAUCUCUUAAAUGCAUCUUGGUGGAACAAAUAUUAACACGGGGAUGUUUUCUUUUGCUUCUUAUUUUGUUGAGCCUUUCACAAGUAU